AUGGCCUCGUCCGCCGGAGACGACCAUGACACAGAGAACAGCCAGGAGCAGUCGUCCUCUGUGGCUUCUAGCCCGAGACAGUUUGCUCCCAUCACCAGGACUGAGAGCGAGCGUGCAGAGGCACUUGCAGACAGCCGCAGUGGGAAUACCUACGGGACCAUGGCCCAAUCUGGCAGCUCUUACGCCGAAUCUGCAACCUAUGACCCCUCGAGGUCGCCCAUGAUCGAAGCCAUGUCUUCGGAAAGGACGCCAAAGAAACCCGCAAUUCUUCGUCGCGUUUCCUCCAAGCCCCACCGAGGCCAGGAGUUUUCGGUUGACGACGAUGUGACCGAGGUCGAAGACACGGCCCUGAGGGUGCCAGCUCUCUCUGGUCGAUCUACAGCUCGACAACACCCCACCCUUCGGCGGAGGAGCGUCGUACCCUCGACACUGCUGACCCGGGUAGACUCCGAGGACGAGCGACCAGGUGGCCCGACGGCUGGUGGUAGUCAGGCUGAUGAUAACGAAGAGGAUGAUGACGACGACAACGGUGAUGAAUUGGCUGGAGACGCCGGUAUUGAUGAUGACGGCAGUGAUGCCGAAAGCUUCACGCUCAAGGACAGGCAGCAAGCUAUAAACGAGACUCACCCGUUCGGCAUCAGGAUCUGGAAGCCGGCAUUGUAUAAGAAGCUUCGGUCCGUCGAAAAGAAUGCAGAAGGAGAUAUUCAUUCGACUCCAGGCCAGCGUGUUAGUCCAUGGCUCUUCUUGGCCAAUAUUCUGUGGACGGUGCUCUUCGGGUGGUGGCUGGCGCUGGCAGCCCUCAUCGGUGCUGUUGCCUGUUUUGCCAUCGGCUUCUCGCCAGACUCCUCUGCAUACGGUAGGGUCUUCUGGGGACUAUCCUGCUAUCUGCUAUACCCCUUCGGCUCGAUGGUUCGCCUGAAGCCUGACGAGAAUUACGCGGAUGAGGAUGAGGGCGAAGGAAGGAGCAUCAGUGAGUACGAGCAGUGGCAGAGCGGCGAUAUCGAACGGGGUGGUUUAUUUUUUGGCCCAGUUGCAAAUGCCCGGCCCUUGGUAGGCCGGCGCAGGAACAGCAUGGACUCUGCCAGCGAGCGGGACAGCCUGCUUGGUAGAACUGGGAGGCACCAUUCUGAUGACAGUGACGCAUCCAGAACUAAAAGGCGCCUCUUCGGACGGGGUGAAUGGACCACGGGUCGGGUCAUGUUUUAUAUAUUCUUCUAUCUUCUAGUCGGCCCACUGCUGCUUUCGGUCUCUCUUCUCUGCUGGAUCCUCGUUUUUUGGAUACCGAUGGGUCGUGUUACCGUCAUCUUGUUUCAUCAUCUUCGUCGGCACCCUCUUGCUUUGUCCUUUCACUCUGAUAGCACCUACACCAGGCUACAGUCCGGCCCCUCAUCGUCGAUUCUCCUUUGUACUUACCGUGCAGCUGGCUUAAAAUACUGGAAAUACACCGUUGAUGGGACUAACAUCUUUCUUAUUAACCUGCUGGCUGUCGUCUUCUUCGUUAUCUUUGACUUUCACGUCUUGCGCAAGAUCUUUCCUACCGAUAACUUCAUCACGCACCCAGGCCUGAUAUUUGGGAUGGCGCUGAUUGCUAUAAUUCCCCUUGCUUAUUUCAUCGGGCAGGCUGUUGCAUCAAUAUCUGCCCAAUCGUCUAUGGGCCUAGGGGCUGCUGUCAAUGCUUUCUUUUCUACCUUGGUGGAGGUAUACCUCUACUGCAUCGCCCUCUCGCAAGGCAAAGCCCAGCUUGUCGAAGGAAGCAUCAUUGGCAGCAUAUUCGCCGGUAUCUUGUUCCUACCCGGAAUAUCAAUGUGUUUUGGAGCAAUCAUCCGCAAGACUCAGCGUUUUAAUGUGAAGUCAGCUGGCGUGACGUCGACAAUGCUACUCUUUGCUGUCAUUGCUGCCUUUGGGCCCACACUCUUUUAUCAAAUCUAUGGCAGACACGAGUUGAAUUGCCAUGCUUGCAGUCAUGUCAAAUCAUCUGGCGGCAGAGAUUGCAGUCGCUGUUACUUCUCCCAGGUCCCCGCUGUCGACGAUGACUUCUUCAUGAAGGCGGUGCAGCCCUAUUCCUACUUUGCAGCGGUGCUACUGUUCCUUUCAUAUAUCAUUGGACUUUGGUUUACUCUUCGGACCCACGCUGCGAUUAUUUGGUCAACCGACACGGACGAGAAGAAACCACAUCAUGACACCCAUAGGCUCGCCUCUCAUACGUCCUUGGACCACAUGCACGGCAACCCCAGUCUCAAGGGCUCCAUACGAGACUCUCAGCUGUAUGCGCGAAUCCUUGGACAGUCCUUGAAACAUGUUGGUUUGACACCUAGCUCCGACCAAUCUACAGCAACCUUCAGUCCUGGCGACGGUGCAACGGUUCAUGUUGUACCUCCAAAGGACAAGAACAAAUGUCAGGCCCCCUACAACAUGGCCAUCCCUUCCCUGACUGCUGAAGAAAACGACCGAUUGGUGCGUCAGGUGACAGAAGUGGCAGCAACAGCGGCUACAGUUGCUGCCAGGGAUGCAGCCGGCCCAAGGCCUGUAGCGGGCACACCGGGUAUGAAGACGCCUGUAGGGACAAUUGGAACUCCAACAAUUGGGCGUCCAGAAGAAGCGGGAGUGUUUACUGAGCCUCAUGGAGAGCCUCAUGGGCAUGAUGCACCCAAUUGGGGCAGGACGAAGAGUUUCGUCAUACUGCUCGUUGCUACUUUGCUGUAUGCAGUGAUUGCUGAGAUACUGGUGAACACGGUUGAUGUGGUGCUACAGAGCUACGAAAUUGACGAGAAGUUCCUCGGGAUUACCCUCUUCUCCUUAGUCCCUAACACUACAGAAUUUUUGAAUGCUAUUUCAUUUGCAAUGAACGGGAACAUCGCGCUGUCGAUGGAGAUUGGCUCAGCAUAUGCGCUGCAAGUGUGUCUUUUACAGAUCCCAGCUCUGGUACUUUUCAGUGCUGUCCAUACUUCCAUAUUCAACCCUUCUGACCUUCUUGGCCAUUCAUUUAACCUAAUAUUCCCACAAUGGGAUAUGAUAACAGUCAUCCUGUGUGUCUUUCUCCUGUCAUAUGUCUACGGGGAAGGAAAGAGCAACUACUUCAAAGGCUCAAUCCUGCUGCUCACGUAUAUCUUCGUUGUCAUGGGCUUUUACUUGUCCGGCUUGAGCACGAUGGGUAUCAGAGGAGGAGGUCAGCUUCACUCUUUAGCGCUUGGCGUGGUAAGGAGCGAGGACGGAUCGUUUCAAACCAGCGGUUGA